AAACUUUACACCCCAGUGAAUAUUUUUUUUUUUUCCCCACUUGCAUUCAUUAGGUCAUAAUUUGCUUUCAAAUGUUCACACCUGUAGUUAGUUGUAAAUAAGAACUCUAUUUUUAAAAUAAUUACAUCCACACAGAUGCCUUUUCCGGACAGUGGCGUGGACAGCCCUGGGUUCAGUAGUACAGCAACCACUGAACUCAUAAGCCGUACAGACAGUGAGCACACCUCCUCCGCUGACGAGUGGGUCCAGCAGGGCCCCAAUCUUCCUCCUCUUUUCCCCCCUCAUCCACCUCCACCUCCACCUCCACCUCCACAUCUUCCCAUUUUACCUCCUUGGCAGGAUCUAGAAGAUGUAAUGGGAGUAUUAGAUGUAGCAUCUUAAACUCAUGUGCAACUGUCACUGUUUUGGUGAUGUUCUUCUUUCUCCUCUCUCUGCAGUAUUUUGCCGACGAUGAAGAAGAUUUUUAAUAAAUAUAUAUAUUUUUAAACUUAAAGAUCAUUAUGGUGUCUCUCAUUAUUACUGAUCAUAUAACAUUAUUACUGGUCUACACACAGAUUUCUCUGAAAAGAAAACCAGAGACAAUUUAAACUGGUUUCUUUUUUAUUAUUUAUUAUUAUUAUUAUUAUUAUUAUUAUUAUUAUUAUUAUUUUUUUUUUUUUUUUUUUUU